AUGCAAAGAGGUGAUAAACCAACUAACGAUCCUAUUAUUAGAGAAUAUCUAGCUAAAUUAGAUCCAAUUUCUCAUCCCUUAAAGUGCAAUGACGAGAGAGAUGAAUCCAAUGAUACUGAUGAUCCAACUAAUGAUCCUAUUAUUAAUGAACCAGUUGAUGAUGACAUCAUUAAUGGUCAUAUAGCUGAUGGUGUAAUGGAUGAGGUAGCUGAUAAGGGGCAAGAAGCACAAGCCCAUAAAAAGUUGUCGAAUUCCAACUAA